CUCCGCUCGUGUACGCCGCUGCCGCCUGUAGUUUUUUCCUCGCGCUCUCUUUUCCCGGGACACGCGCAAGGACAAAAACAAGAGAAGCGCAGCAGUCCUGCACGCGGGGGGGUUCCACAGGAUCGCAGACCGACCACCGCCACGACCACCAGCCAGACCAGAACCAGAGGCAGCUGAGGCAGGAUGUCUGCACGAGGAGGCAAGAAGAAGGCCACCAAGCUGUCCCGCUCGUCCCGAGCCGGGGUCAUCUUCCCCGUGGGCAGAAUGAUGAGGUACCUCCGCACGGGCACGCACAAGUACCGCAUUGGCAUGGGGGCACCCGUCUACAUGGCAGCCGUCAUCGAGUACCUGGCAGCUGAGAUCCUGGAGCUGGCUGGGAAUGCGGCGCGAGACAACAAGAAGGGCAGAAUAACGCCCAGACACAUCAAGCUGGCAGUGGCCAACGACGAGGAGCUCAACCAGCUGUUGCGGGGGGUGACCAUAUCAAACGGUGGCGUUCUUCCCCGUAUCCACCCAGAGCUGUUGUCCAAGAAGAGGGGAGGGCGGGUAAAGGUGGACACCCAGGUUUCCCUCCCCGAGAAGAGAGAGGAGCGCUCCAAGAGCAUGAAGAAACCAUCCAUCAAAAAAGGCAAAGGCAAGCCGGGCCGGAAGCCGCGGAGCAUGGAAAAUGACAAAGAGGCGGUGCCAAACUCGACAGUGGAGGACGGUCCAGGAGACGGGUUCACCAUCCUCUCUGCAAAAAGCCUCUUCCUCGGACAAAAGCUUUCACUAACAGAGAGCGAACUCAGCAAAAUCGGAACAAUCAAAGUGGAGGGAAUAAUUAACCCCACGAACGCAGAGAUGGAUCUGAAAGAAGGAGUGGGCAACGCCUUGGAGAAAGUCGGGGGCCGGGAGUUCUUGGAGGGAGUGAAGGAGCUCCGGAAGUCACAGGGGCCGUUGGAUGUAGCGUCGGUGGCAGUAAGUCAGGCCAGCGGGAUGGCGGCUCGCUUCGUGAUCCACUGCAACAUCCCCCAGUGGGGCUCGGAGAAGUGCGAGGACCAGCUGGAGAAAACGGUGAAGAACUGCCUCGCCGCGGCGGAGGAGAAGAAACUCAAAUCUGUCGCUUUCCCCUCACUACCCGCUGGACGGAACGGAUUCCCGAAGCAGACGGCGGCCCAGCUGAUCCUCAAGGCCAUCUCCAACCAUUUUGUGUCCUCCACCACGUCCUCCCUGAAAAACAUUUACUUUGUCCUGUUUGACAGCGAGAGCAUUGGAAUAUACCUUCAGGAAAUGGCCAAGCUGGACACCAAGUGAGGACACGAGGAGGAAGAGGCCCAUGUUUGGGGAUGUUUUCUUACUGUUCCAGUUGUAUUUCAGGAUACUUUUCCUUCCUUUCCUUGUCGUUGUUCAGGUGGUGUAGGUAGACGAGGGGUUAGCUGCGGCUCCACCUCUGUAGGCGUUUUGAGAAAACAAAACAAAAAAAAGAGAAAAGCAGCGAAACGAAGCUGGUGAUUUGAAGUCUCGUCCUCGGUUCUGUUCCACUGUCCUUUCAAGAGCUUCUUUUGUAGACUAGAUAAUUUAAACGGCCUGUUUUACUGAUGUUUUUUACAUUCCAUGUAAAAAGCCCUGGUUCCCACUCUACCUAUGUAUGUUUCUGAUAGUUUACUAAAAAACAACAAAAAAAAAAACGUGUUUCUUGUUCUGCUUUGAAAUAAAUAAUCAGAUGUUUUAC